AGCGCUGGGAUAGGCCACAACAACCACCCAGCCAGGCGUUAUGGGGAAACACCGAACCGAGCCCAGAACCCAAACCGCCCCGCUUUAGCUCACAGUCGAGUUCAAAAGGAAGAAGAAAUCCCCCGGAAAGUCGACUCCGGGGUGAAUUCCUGCGUUUGCGGGCCGGAUGGUGGACGUUGACGUCGAGCCGUGCGUAAUGAGCAGAGUUGGAAAAAGAAGGUGUUGAGCUGCAGUUUUUUUCUCCUCUCUCUCCGUUCUGCCACAGACAAGUUGGAUCGGAGUACAGCUCAAACUACGAGGGGAAAAUAAUGCCCACGAAGCCCCUCGCUUUCAGGCAUGGCAGCCAGGCCCCGCGGCUCUGAGGCGCCUUCACAGGAUCCUCGCCUGACCCGCCACUGAGGAUCCAGAGGACGGCGCUGCCUGAGCAGAAUGACUCAGCAAGAGGGGCGACCCCCGACUAGCAAGUGAAGAGAAGUGAGGAUGGGUGCCAAUGGGUCCAGCUAUCCACACUCGUGCUCCCCGCGCAUCGGGGGGAAUGCCCAGCCGCAGCAGACCUUCAUAGGGACGUCGUCGUUCUCUCAGCAGGGCUAUGGCUGGGAGUCGAAGCUGUACAGCCUGGAGCACAGCCACGAGCGGCCCGCCGACAGGAAGAAGAAGAGCCUGGGCCUGGCCACCCUCAAGCGGCGCUUCAUCAAGCGGAGGAAGUCCAGCCGCUCGGCCGACCACGCGCGGCAGAUGCGGGAGCUGCUGUCCGGCUGGGACGUGCGCGACACCAACGCCCUGGUGGAGGAGUACGAGGGCACGGCGGCCCUGAAGGAGCUGAGCUUCCAGGCCAGCCUGGCCCGGGCCGAGGCGCCCAGCCUGCAGCGCGACCUGGCCGCCCUCUACCAGCACAAGUACUGCACCGACGUGGACCUCAUCUUCCAGGGCACCUGUUUCCCGGCGCACCGGGCCAUCCUGGCCGCCCGCUGCCCCUUCUUCAAGACCCUGCUGUCCUCGUCCCCCGGCUACGGGGCCGAGGUCCUCAUGGACAUCGAGACGGCCGGCAUCGACGUCCCCAUGUUCUCCGCUCUGCUGCACUACCUGUACACCGGGGAGUUCGGCGUGGGCGGGGCCGAGGACACCCGGCUGCAGAACGUGGACGUCCUGGUGCAGCUGAGCGAGGAGUUCGGCACGCCCAACUCCCUGGAGGCCGACAUGAAGGGUCUGUUCGACUACAUGUGCUACUACGACGCCCUGCUCAGCUUCUCCUCCGACUCGGAGAUGAUCGAGAGCUGUAACGAGAGGGGGGCGGCGGCCGCGGCGCCGGCGGCCGCGGCGGUCGGCCCGGGAGGCGGCGGAGGCCCGGCCACCCCGGACGAAGACCUGAGGGCUCACAAGGCCAUCCUCUCGGCCCGCUCCCCUUUCUUCAGGAACCUCUUACAGAGACGCAUCCGCACGGGGGAGGAGAUGACGGAGCGCACGCUGCAGACGCCCACCCGCAUCGUGCUGGACGAGUCCAUCAUCCCCCGCAAGUACGUGCAGGUCAUCCUCCACUGCAUGUACACCGACGUGGUGGAGCUGGGCCUGGUGCUGCGGGGGAGCCCGUCGGCCGGCAGCCUGGGGGAGGUGCAAGCCCUGGUGUCCGGGGGGCCGCGGGGCAGCACGCGCACCGAGGAGGCCAUGGAGCUCUACCACAUCGCUCUGUUCCUGGAGUUCAGCAUGCUGGCUCAAGGCUGCGAGGACAUCGUGGUGGAGAGCCUGUCCCUGGACUCGCUGGUCCCCAUCCUGAAGUGGAGCUCGCAGCCGUACGGCUCCAAGUGGGUCCACCGGCAGGCCAUGCACUUCCUCUGCGAGGAGUUCAGCCAGGUCGUCACGUCGGACGUCCUCUACGAGCUCGGCAAGGAGCACCUCCUCAGCGCCAUCCAGUCCGACUACCUGCAGGCGAGCGAACAGGACAUUCUCAAGUAUGUUGUUAAGUGGGGCGAGCAGCAGCUUAUUAAGAGGAUGGCAGACAGGGAGCCCAACCUGCUGAGCGGCACGGCCCACAGCGUGAACAAGAGGGGGGUGAAGAGGAGGGACCUGGACGUGGAGGAGCUGAAGGAGAUCCUGUCGCCCCUCCUGCCCUUCGUCCGCACCGAGCACAUCCUGCCCCCCAGCAGCGACGUCCUCGCCGACGCGCUGAAACGGGGCCUGAUAAGCACGCCGCCGUCGGACAUGCUGCCCACGGCCGAGGGGGGGAAGGCCAACGCCUGGCUGCGGCAGAAGAACGCCGGCAUCUACGUGCGCCCGCGCCUCUUCUCCCCGUACGUGGAGGAGGCCAAGUCUGUUCUGGGCGAUAUGAUGGAGGAGCAGACCGAUCUGGUCCGCCUGCGCCUGGUCCGCAUGUCCAACGUCCCCGACACGCUCUACAUGGUCAACAACGCCGUGCCUCAGUGCUGCCACAUGAUCAACCACCAGCAAAUCGCCAGCAACACGGCCGCGGCGCCGUCCGUCGUGGCCAAUGAAAUCCCAGUGCCUCAGCUGCCGCUGGUGAAGGAGAUGAUCCGGAGGCUGCAUGAGCUGAGACACACGGAGCAGGUCCAGAGGGCCUACGCCCUCAACUGCGGCGAGGGCGCCACCGUCAGCUACGAGCUGCAGCUGCGGGUGCUGCGGGAGUUCGGCCUGGCGGACGGCGCCACGGAGCUGCUGCAGAAUCCGUACAAGUUCUUCCCAGACGAGCGGUUCGGCGACGAGAGCCCGAUCCUGGCGCUGCGGCAGGUGGGGCGCUGCCGGGUGAACAGCAGCCCCGCCAUGGACAGCAUGUUCACCGAGCUGGAGGGGGUGGCGGGCUUCCACCCUCCCCUGCCCCCCCCGCCUCCCCCCUACCACCCGCCCGCCACGCCCAGCCACGCCCAGCUGAAGGGCGCCUGGCGGCCCCGCGUGCCGCUGCCCACCCCCACCCGCUCCUUCUCCUACCCCUGCAACCGCACGCUGGUCCAGCGCCACGCCGCCGCCAAGCACGGCGGCUCCGACUACUCCUCAGCCCCGCGGCCGCAGCCGCCCGACUGCACCAACCCGCAGGCCAUGGGCCGGGCGCUGCUGUCCGAGCAGCAGGCGAUGAGCUUGGAGCCCGUCAUGAGGGAGUUCAUGCCGGACAUCGCGCUGGGCGUGUCGGUGAUGUCCCUGAGGGAGCAGCACAUGGCGGAGCUGGACAGGGAGGGGCCCCACAGCCCCAUGGGCCCCCCGGGGGGCCUCCACCUGCCGCACGGCGCCUGCCCCUCCGUCCGCCACGCCCACGGCCACGGCCCCGGCCACGGCCACUCCUGCAAGAGACACGCCCCCGAGCCCAAACUGGAGGCGCAGGCGGAGUUCCCCGACCUGUACGACUUCUCCUGCCGCCCGGCCACGCCCACCUCCGCCCACCCGCUGCCCCCCUUCGCCGGCCCCGACCUGUACAGCCACAGCUGCGGCGCCCCCGCCGCCUACCCGCCCCCCUACGCGUCGGACUCCCAGCCCCCGGGCGCGGCGCAGGGGCGGCCGGCCCCGGACCCGCUGCGGCUGGACGUCCUCGGCAUCGCCGCCCAGCGGCACGACGGCGUCCUGGCCAGCCCGUCCGGCGCCGCGCCCCGGAUGGGGGGCCACCUCCCCAAGGGCCGGGCCAACGAGACGGACCUGACCCACGGCCUGGGCCACCUGCGCUCCCCCAGCGGGAACCUGGACGGCUACGAGGAGCGGCACGCGGGUCCGCGGGACGUCCCGGAGGACAUGGUCCUGUCCGGGGAGCCGCCGGGUCCGGCCGGCCUCCAGCAGCCGCACAGGAACAGCGUCGGCGAGGACAUCGCCAGAGACCGCCGCUCGCCCAGCAAGCCCGACUACCCCUACAAGAAAUCUGCACUUUAACCCCCCGUCAGGACCCGGGGUGAGUUAGGAAAAGGGAAAAAGUGAUGAGUGGCUGCCCCCCCCCCCUCCCCCCCUCCCUCCGGUGACGGAUGGCAAAGCACUAAACGUGUGCCUGCGUGUGUGUGUGUGUGUUUGUGUGAGUGUGUGAGAGGAGCAGGGAAAAGGCUGGUCGAUUGUUGCUAUUUAUAGUGUGUCCUUCUGUCCUACCUCUACCACACUGUGCUCUCUGUCACACGGUCGGAGCGAGGGAGGAGCCGGGGGGGGGGGGGGGGGGGGGGGGGGGGGGGGGGGUGCAGGUGGGCUCGGUCCCCGCGAGCGAAACUCGGUCCGGAUUGGCGAUCCAACAAAGACCGCCGCUCCGCUCUCUCACAGAAAGGGAAGAUCGGAGGACAGAGAAGUCUCAGUUUACAUCCUGAACAAAGGCACAGUCUGGACGGAGCGCUGGGAGAAACCACGUGUAAAUAUGUCUCGCUGUAUUGUUUCUUUUUUUUUUUUUUUUGCCCCACAUGAGUUGUAUUUCCAUUUGCUCCUCUUGCAUGAGUGUCGUAACACACCUGACCACCCGCCGCCGCCGCCGCCGCCGGGCCGCGAGCGCACGGAGCGGGAAUCGGAUCCGACGGGGAAGUAGGUCAUCAGCGCUCGUUGCUCCCCGGUAACCCAGCCUGGUAAUUGUCCCCGGUGUUAACUAUCGCAGCGUCGCCCCGAGGCGGACGCCCGCUGCUCUGAGAUGAAGGGAGAAGAUGGGGGGGGAUAAGGGUGGGGGGGGGGGGGCAGGAGCAUCACCGGCAGGUUCAUUACUGAGAUACAGCAGAGAAUAUAAAGCUGCCAUGGCAACUGACACGUGGGGAUCCGAUGGAGUGGGAGGGGUUUGUAG